AUGGGAGCUCAGCGGACUGUGAAAUCAUCGAGCUGGAGGAACGAGUUUGGCUUAGGAUACCAACCCUGUAACGGACGUGUCACACAUCAUCUCUUGACCUCUUCAGCCAUGGAGUCCAGCAAAAAGCGGCCACACACUCACGAACCAGACGCGUCUGUCUCCAAAAAACGCAUUCUGUCAGGUCCGAAUGGCACUCCGUAUGUCAAUGGGUCCACCCCCGACCUCGAAGAGCCAUCCGACCUAGACAAUCUUGAGCUCUUCCGCAAGGAAGCAAUAUUCCGUCGAAUGAGGCAUUAUUCACGCGAAUACGAUCGUAGUCAGGACCACCUCGCAGCCCUAGAAAGACGUAAGACUGCCUGUGAAGCGGGCUUGGCUGCUAUGGCGGCUUGCUGGUCACAGCUUCUUGAGACUAUCCGUCUUGUUGCCAAAUCUGAAGAUGUGGCGAAUACGCCAUUGAGUCGUGAUAUUUUCGAUAUUUCGUCAAGGAUUUCAGAAGACGACGCGCCGGAAUUGGUAUCAGCUUUGCAAGAUAACAUGGCCGUCACGCGCAAUAUCGUGUCCAGAGUUGCCAACCUUACCCCGUCAUCUGGUGGUGAUGCAUACCUCAAGUGCCAACAAGCACAAACUGAGUGUGCUGCCCUGCGUUCUGAGAUGCAAGUGAUGGCCGGCAAACUUCGUGAAUCAGAAGCUUUGAAACUCCGCUACCAUGAGCAACUUCAAGCAGCAGAGACAGCAGUAGACCGACUUCGCAGCAAAACCAUUGUGAUACAGAAGGCGCGGUUGGAAAAGGAGCAUGUGGGUGAAGGUGUGGAGGAGCAGAAAAAGCCGUCCUCUCCUGCACCUUCAGCCUCGUCACAGCAUGCUGCGAAUGGUCAUACCUCUUCUCCCGAGCACGAGAACCAGCUAUUUCUCGUAGAGCUACGAGAGAAAGAAAUCGCAAAGCUCAGAGACGAAAUCGCCGCCCUCACAUCCGCAAACUCGCAACUUGUGUUGAACUCCAAGGUGCCUCCACCAGAACUCGUCACAGAAUCUCCUCAUUACAAAGUUCUCAUGGAACAUACCGCAUAUCUAACCCACGCACUUUCCGAGACCCAGCAAGAAGUUCGCAGACUAACAAACGAGCUGCAAGAAGUACAUGAGGGGCACUCAAAAUGGUUAGAGGCGGCGAAGACUACUGCAAAUCAAACAGCCGAAGAAUUGAAGGUCAUGUUGCACAAACGGGAUGCAGAAAAUGCUCGGCUACGGGAUCAGCGCGACCAACAACAAGCCGAACUCGUUGAGCGGAGACAAAAAGACAGUGUCAAAACAGCUUCCGCCAAGGAGCUUGUCGCAUUGGCUGAAGCUCGUUCGGCGCGUAUUCAGGUGCUUGAGUCUCAAUUAGGCCGUUACAAAGCCAAGCUAGCAGCCAAUGCGGGAAGCAGGGAGUUGAUGGAGUUUUUCUUUUCUGGGCAGUUGGAAAGCAUUGCUUAUGUUGAGGAGAUGAAGAACCGGGUUGCAGCGGCAGAACAACGAGAAGCAGCCGUGAACCAAACACUCUCCAUCUUCCAAGAUGACCAUCCCAAUGUCGUGCAACAUAUGCAGGCGGAAGCUGAUGCACUCAAGAAACUUGCCGCUGCUUCGAUUAAAUUGGAUGACUAUGAGCGGUUAUUCGGCGAUUUACCCCUGGAUAUCGCUCUGUUGACCGCAAAACUCCGAGAACAAGAAGAAGAGCUCGUGAAACUACGGCUACUCAACGAACAACAUGAACAGGAAAAAACGCCGGUGUAUAGCGAAAUCGAUCAAUUAUCAACUGCAUGGGAAGCGCUUGAACGACAACUGAAGAGCAAAGUGUUCGAUCUCAAAGACCUCGAAGAUCGCCUUUCCAAGAGUGGUCUUGAGAAAGCCAAGUCGGACAACAAAUUCUUUGCGAUCAUGCGUGAGAAAGAGGCGGUGGAGAUCGAGCGCAAGAACCAAAAGCGCAAUCUGGAGAAGCAGCUGCAGGUUGUUGAGCGAUACAAGGAAUCGGACAAGAUCCUGAAUAACCAACUGGCAAAUUUUGAAAAAGACAUCUCCCAGCUUCGUCGAGUGGUUGAAUCCAGUCACCUUGAAUCCCUUAGUUUGAAGACAGAGAUUCGGGAGCUGAAAGGCUUGAGGGACGUCGAUACCAAAAAAGCCCUCGAGUCUUUUAAUCUACUCACUGAGCGAGAGAAGGAACUCACGGAGAAGCGAACCGAGUUGCACAAGCUAGGAGAAGAGCUCGCACUUUCAAGGCGUGAAAGCGACAAACACGCGACCAAAGUACGGGAACUGAGUUCCAGUUCGACUUCAGCGCGAGAAGAGGAUCUUCAGAAUGAACUGAAGAAAGCUAUGAGCGUUCUAAAAUGCAGUACGUGCAAAGGUAUCGGUUUCCGGGACACCGUCAUUACCAAGUGUGGCCAUACGUUCUGCAAAUCGUGCAUCGAUUCACGACUGUCGACUCGACAACGCAAGUGUCCUGCUUGCAAUCAGCCAUUUGCCAAGGAAGAAGUCGGCCAGAUUUUCCUUCAAUAA